CUCAACAUAAAAUUUAAUCGAGUAAUCAUAACCUGUUACAGCUAGGAAGGACAACAUGGCACGUAGACUGCUUUUUAGGAACUGGUAUACAUUUUUUUCCAUGUGUCAUCGUCGGGAAUGGCAGAACAGAAUUUUGAGUUUACAAUGUUUUGGUGCUGGUUUAUUGACUGCUGGUGUAAUUGCUCAUAAUGUAUCCCAUGUACAAGUUCAAGCGGCAUCUACAGAUAUAGAUGUUAACAAAUUUAUGUCGAAACCUAUCACAGACAUAAGCAUAUUGCAAAACAAUCAGGAAGAUAUGAAAACUAAAAUGGAACUAUUGAUCUUAAAAAUUCAGGCAGAUUUUUGCAAAGAAUUGGAAGCAUUAGAAGAUGAAGAUCGCUUUAUAGUCGAUCGAUGGACAAGGAAAGAAGGUGGAGGAGGCAUAACUUGUGUUCUACAGAAUGGAACGGUAUUUGAAAAAGCUGGCGUUAACAUAUCCGUUGUAACAGGAUCUCUACCGUCAAAUGCUGUCGAACAAAUGAGGGCUCGAGGUAAAAAAUUAGACCAAUCCACGUCACUACCGUUCUUUGCAGCUGGUAUAAGCGCUGUAAUACACCCCAGAAACCCAAUGGUACCGACGAUACAUUUCAAUUACCGAUACUUUGAGGUUCAAAACAAGGAUGGUUCGAUACAAUGGUGGUUUGGCGGUGGAACCGACUUAACCCCUUAUUACUUGAAUGAAAGAGAUGCAGAGCACUUCCAUCGAACCUUGAAAUCAGCUUGUGAUGACCACGAUCCUACGUAUUAUCCAAAAUUUAAAAAAUGGUGCGAUGACUACUUCUAUAUUCCACAUAGAAAUGAAAGACGAGGCAUUGGAGGAAUUUUUUUUGAUGAUUUGGAUACACCAAGUCAAAACAGAGCAUUCCAGUUUGUAAAGUCCUGUGCCAAAGCUGUUAUACCUUCCUACAUACCAUUAGUCGUCAAUCAUAAAGAUGAUGGCUAUGGGUACAACGAACGACAGUGGCAAUUACUGCGUAGAGGAAGAUAUGUAGAAUUUAAUUUGAUAUACGAUAGAGGAACCAAGUUUGGACUGUACACUCCAGGUGCCCGUUAUGAAAGUAUUCUUAUGUCCUUGCCAUUGAAUGCCAUGUGGCAAUAUAUGCACGAACCUGCUAAGGAUUCUAAAGAAGCAGAACUAAUAAAGGUACUUAAAGAACCAAAAAAUUGGCUUAAAAUUGAAUCUUCAUAAGUGUAUAUAGAUAUAUAAGGUGGUGGGAGACUGAGCAAAUAAAGUUUAAGAUAACCACAGUGUAAAAUAUUUCAAA